CCCCUCGGCGUAAGAGCCAUGGCUUCGGUGGGAAACAGAUCACUCGUACCAGGGUGAGCUACUCGUGCCAUACCUGUCGGCGGCGCAAGGUCAAGUGUGACAAGGUCUGUUUCGUUUCCUAUUUGGCUUGCCGCAUGAAUCCCAAUGACGACCACUAGCUGACCGUCCUGCACUUCAAUAGGUCCAUCCGGUAUGUGGGAACUGUGUCAAGACAGGCACCGAGUGCAUGUACGAUUCUACGGCCGCUGCUGCUCAACGAAAUCGCGCCGAGGACAACCACCAGAGGGUCAAACGCAAGAGAGACGUGUCAAAACUUGCAGAAAAGGAUGAACUAGACCUCUCUUCUCCACAGGAGAGCCUCCGCGAACUGCUGAACUACCAGGCACGUCUCCGAGACCAGAAAUCUGGCUCCGAUGAAAUCGCCACCCGCCUGGAUCGGCUUACCUCCAUGAUCGAACGGCUUAGCCGUACAGGUGAUGCGCACAGCAUGGAAGGAAACACCGCAGGAGGUGGGAGUGCCAGCUCAAAUUUUGCUGGAAGGUCUGGAAUUGUUGAUGGUGCGUCAGGACGCCCUCGCAACAAAUCAGUCUCAUCAUCGGCCUCGGUCUCGCGCCAGUCCAGCCCUAGGCGUAAUUCCGAUGAUGCUAGCAACGAUGAUUUCCCAAUCCCUGCUGGUCUUUCCACCGACCUCGUUGACCCUGUGGGUACCCUGAAUUUGGGACACUUGAGUUUGGAGGAUAGUGGUAGAUCUCGCUAUGUUGGAACCACUUACUGGGCUUACAUCUCGGAUGAGAUUAAUGAGCUAAAUCAACUCCUCCGAAACCAGAAUCGCUCCCAACCACCGAUUAUACCCCAACCAACUCCCUCCAAUGGUGGCAAUGAUCCCUCGAUAUCUCCAGUGCAAAAACCGGAUGAAUCUAACGGCCAGGUCCAACAGUGGCUGGCAACGCAUGAAAGCAACAUGCACGAUUCAGUCCUUUACCCAAAGGCCGGCGGACCUUCUUCACACAUAAAGCCUAUACAGGCAGAUAUGCUCAAUCACGUUCCAACAAGGCAUCAAAGUAACAUCCUAUAUAAAUCUUUCAUGUCCGGCGUCCAAGCUAUAAGCCCCGUUCUCCACCCUCCCAAUGUGCUCAAAUCAUAUGAAGAAUUCUGGGACUGGUAUGUCAUGUAUAGACAACCAGGAGCCCCGUACCCUAGACCUUCUUUUAUCCCACUCCUUUAUGCCAUAUGGUACGGUGGUUCAGUCACCGUCUCCCUAAAGACAAUCCAUGCUGAGUUCAGCCUUGAGUCACGCUCAGCGUUAACCGAACCUUUCCACGAUGAAGUUACUCGAUGGCUAAAGACCAUAUCUUUCCCUCGAAGCCCAUCCCUCAACGGUCUGGCUGCCUUCCUCCUUGUCCAAACAAUCCUAUCCAAGGAAGAAGAACCCUUGACCAGCAGCCUCUUCAUCAGUCUUGCUCUUCGCGUAGCUCAAACCAUGGGCUUGCACCGUGACCCGGCACAGUUUGGUAUCUCACACUGCGAAGCUGAGAUGCGCAGACGGAUGUGGUGGCAUAUCGUUCAUAUGGAUGGUGUGGUUGCCAUGUCAAGUGGCCUUCCACCUCUCGUCAGUGACGAAAAUUAUUGGGACGUUCGUCUUACCAGCGAAGUCAAAGACACACUACUCACUUCACCGGAGGCGGAAGUAUACGAACGGAUGGUAGAUGAGGGCUACCGACGUCCUGAUAAACCGGAUGAUCCAUCCAUAUGCGGCAAUUCGAUGGUUAACGUGUACUACAUCUCUGCCAAAGGAAAAUACAUAAUGGCCCGUAAGUAAUUUUUUCUUCCCGUUUUUGUACCCGUUAUAUAAACGCAUAGCUACUAACCCGUAUUUAGGCGCCAUUCGCAAGAUUCUAAAGAUACAACUGGGAACUAGACCUGUCACGAGAAAAGAUAUGGAAGAUCUCAAAUCAGUUCUUGUAGACCUUCAAUUUAAACUUCAUGCUCUCGUUGAUCGAAUCUCUAGCCCUAAGCGCCCAAGUGCCAAUUCUGAUGCGACCCGAUGUAUCAAGCCCGACCUUCCUAACGGUGGACCUGGGUGUGGUGAGCAGUAUCACACCCCAGUGUUAACUGCAUUUCACAAAUGGGCAAAGAUAUUACUGUCUUUGUUUGUUCAUAAGGCUUUCUGCGUGGCUUACCAGCCAUUCCUGAAGAAUGCUAAAAGCAAGAUAUGGCCAGCCGCAAGGCAAUGGUACGUUCCAUUGACAUCAAUUAAGUUGAUAUUAUUGAAUUACACUAAACUAUACUAUAGUGCGCUGCGUCAUUGUCAUGGUUUUAUGGAAAAAUUUAUCCUCCUUGCGACGGAUCCUGAUUUCCAGCCUUUCCAAUGGAGUUGGCCAGGGUAAGUAUAGAGUACCACCCAUUUAUAACUGAACAUAGUCUGAUAUGGCGCAGAAAUCACCAACCGAUGCAUGCAACGAUGUAAGUCUCAUUGGAUUUAUAAACAAUCCUAUGUACUGAUAUUUUUUACUCUAGGAUAAUGCUUAUCGAUUUAUAUGAACGGCCUACAAGCUCAGAGGCACCCAAGUCCAGGGCUUUUAUUGAUAAGAUAUUCUCCCUGUCCGGUCCAGAUGGUGGAGUUGUAGGAGGUGAAGAUGGGGUCACGACUUCAAGACCAUUGAAUGACGGUGGGCGAGAAGCCUGGGAUAUGAUGCGAAGACUUCGUGAGAAAGCGUGGUUAAAGGCCGGACUUGACCCACAAUUGCUUUGGACUGAACAAGCUCAGGUACAAGCAGGUGUUGCACCUGUCAGAAGCCCUUCCGUAUCAACGACUUCUACUCGCAAUCCGGAGAGAAGCCUCAAGGAUCAGAGUGCAUCCCCCACUACAAACUUUGCAGAUAGCUACUAUGCGAUGAUCAAGAACUCGUACGAUGAUCACAGGCAUGUUCGACAGGCAUCAGCGGAGUCGAGCCGCGCAAGGGACAAACAGCCCAUCACGUUCGCAACUUUGCCCCAACAACAGCAACAGAUCCCCAGUCCCACCUGCACAAUCCCUGUUGUAGCUAAUACUACAACCCCACAACCGUCAUCGAACGCGUUCCUUUGGCCCUCACAGCCAGUCUACCAGAACCCUUCAGGACCAUUAAAUCAAAUGCCAGCGCUUGGCCAAAGAGAUGCACGCGGCUAUCUUAACCCAAACUCCGCGAAAUUUGUUGCUCUGGCUGGUGACCGAGCCAAUAUGGCCCCGCCCAUUGGACUCAAAAUAGAAACUUCUCAGCCGGCAUUAGCUGAUAUUCCUCUGCAGGUAAUACCACAGCAGCGUCCGCAGCUAUCACAACAGACGCAGCAGGCAUCUCCACAGCAACAACAGCAGCGGCCACAGCCACCGCCCCAGCCCCAACAACAGCCACCACAUCCAAGUGCAUUCGAGCCGAACGUCAACUUUGAUUGGGACCAAUGGGAUGCUGUGUUUGGGCAAUACCUCCCAAUUAUUGACGGGUACAUGGACCUAGAUAACAACGAGCCUCAGACGAACCCUAGUGAUCUGCCCUUAUCGUCCACCGUCCAGGUCUCAGAUGGCGAAAUGGGUAUACAUGAUCGCACAAUGCCAGGCCCAAGCAAUAACAGAAACUGGGCUGAUUUCGGAUAAGCACCUUUAACUUACGCAAAAAAAAAGUUAAUUUAAGCUGUCUGUGCAGUACAUGGCGACAACUUGGACGGUUUGUGCUCUACUUCCUCGCCAGCUCACGGACAUGGCUUGCAACUUCUUCCUCCCUGGGUCGCAGCCUGGUAAUUCCCAUUCUUACACUGAACCAGCUAGCCAUCUGCAUGCGGCUGCAUCUGUCCGUACUUGCGUGGCCCUUUACUUCGUCGUACACGGCUCCGCUGUCUCGACGAUACUAAACUCUCUCCUUUUCACUUUCUCUCCCUCUUUUUUUCCCUUUCUUCUUAUCAGCAUGGAUUGAAUGGCUACAUAUCAAUGAUGGAUAAUACCCUAACCAAUGGUUUUGCCUCAGCUUGCGGUGUUAUGUCUAACCUCCGCCUCGCUGCCUUGCGACAGCUUGGUGAAGGAAAAGGCCUUUUUCAUAUCUGUGAAGGCUAGAUUGUUUAGCAGGUUUCUGUCUCUAUCGAACACAACAAAGAUUUUCGCAUUCCUCGUGCUAUAAUCGGCAGCAGGGAAUAGCCUUCACAUACAGAAAUUGUCCAAGCCGACCAGUUUGUUCCAACUUGAGUGCUGUUUGUUCGUCCUCAGUCAAUACGCCGUUUCCUUCUAUAAAACGCUUUCGUGAAGCAGGCUUCGAAGGGCUUUCUACAAGGAAUACGGAAUCCAAUGCCUUCCCCUUGAUGGUCCUCGAAGCAUAUAGCGCGUUAUUUCACCUUGAACCAAACCCGGCAGGUAAGCUAUAAAAUGUUUGUCUUUGCGCUCCACGUUUCUCAUUCUAACACUUUCAACAGAGUUGGUGCACUGGUGCGGCUGCAUGCACCGAUGCAGCCCAGUUGGAAUGUGUUUAGACGCCGCCGAGGCACAUCGUGGUAUGCCAUACCCACCCAUCAUCGAAUCAUAUGUGCAGUGGCUGUCUGGCUGCAAUUCCGGUUCCAGAGUCGGUCUCACGCUGACACUAGUCUUUUAUGCAAGAAUCGUGCACAGGGAUGACCAGUUUAGAUGAUGCUUUAUAUAUGUACUUUACCACCAUGCUAUUGUCUCUGUUAACUAGACCAGAGCUUAGCUUGUUCCGAGCUCUAGACUUGCUAUAGAAGAGAUCUCUGCCAUAUGUUGGCACACAUGUUGACAGUGAUACUAGUAAUAAGCAAUCGACGUUUCCACUUAUGGUGGGUUACCUACUUCAACAUCUAAUUCCUCACAAUGGCUAUUUAGGUUCGGCCCGCAUAUACGAAGGUUGAACUAAUUGAUAAUAUAUGGACCCGCCACUUGUUCCUUAGCCUGGCACGGUUAUAAAUAUCAGUGUCUAUCAGGUGAGCCGAGGCCCUUUCACAUCCCUGGUGGCAGGUUAUUCCGACUUCGUGAGUAUUUGCGAACGUAUAUCUAUCACUUGCUACAUCAAUCAAACUACUGCUCGUGAUUAGUUGGGAUUAUACUUUCUAAUCAAUAUCUAACCCGGCCUUAAGCCAGCCAAUUUUUCAUGGCUGUUCUAUCAUGUUGGGUUGGGGAGGUGAAGUAUUUGCUUGGUGUAGUGAAAGAAGAUCAUAUCUCACGUUCCCUGCCAUGGUAGUUAUAUACCCCCAAGGUAGUGACCUAUCUACACCUGGUAACGAACCUCAGGCACGGAAUCAAUCCGCCAAAGGCCGAUUUUAUACCUCUGGUAGGGUACAGAUAAAGUUAAGCCCUGACCAUUGCGCCAUUCACAAAAAUCCUGUCACUAACUAGGACAAUCUUGAAACCCUAGUUAACUACUUCACCACGGUUAUUAUUCACUGGGAGAGAGUCACCGCGCCCGGCUAUUUAAGCGCCGUGCUUCCCCCUUUCCUCCCUCUUCUCUUCCCGUUCUUAUCUGGCGCCCACUAUCUCUUUACUCCAUAGCUAGUUCCCGAGUUUGAAAGACGUUGAACUAGUUAGUUAGUUAGCGAUAACUACC